UCUGUCCUUUCUUGUGCAAAACUAAUUUUUUUGAUAUAUCUGCAAUCCGUGGAAGUAAUGAGUUUGAACUACCUUAUGGAAUAAAGCAUGCAGAAAUAUAUUUUGAACUAGCACUUUCAAAACUGGAAAGCUGUGAGCUAUUCCCAGAAGAUGACACCCCAUCCUGUAAAAAAUGUAUCGUUGUUGGCAAUGGAGGAAUUCUUCGAAACAAGAGUCUGGGUCAGAAAAUUGAUUCUUACGAUGUGGUAAUUAGAAUGAAUAAUGGGCCUGUUGUAGGCUAUGAAGAUGAUGUUGGAAGGAGGACGACAUUCCGACUCUUCUAUCCAGAGUCAAUUUUUUCAGAUCCAGUUCACUAUGAUCCUAACACAACUGCUGUUCUUAUUGUCUUCAAGCCCUAUGACUUAAAAUGGCUUUCAGAUCUGUUAAGUGGCCACAGUUACUUUAGAACUGAUGUCUUCUGGAGGAAACCAGCAAUGAACAUGAUUUAUAAGCCUGGCCAAAUCCGAAUCCUUGAUCCAUUCGUUACUAAAAGAACAGCAUAUGAAUUGCUUCAUUUCCCUAGAAGAUUCUCCAGACGGGAAAAACCGAAACAUCCCACAACAGGGCUAAUUGCCAUUGCGUUUGCCUUUGAUAUAUGUUCUGAAGUUCACGUGACAGGCUUCAAGUAUGACCUGCAGGAUCAAGGGAGUUCUUUGCACUAUUAUGGUAAUGACACCAUGUCUUUGAUGAUUAAGAAUGAAUACCAUGAUAUUGUUGCAGAGCAAAGACUAUUGAAGGAACUUAUAGAUCACCAAAUUGUGAUCAGUCUCCCAGAAGAACAAAAUUAAAGAACAAUCACUAUUUUUUGUAAGACUGAAGGGGGGAAAUUUUUAUCUGAACUAUUUUUUUUAAUAUUUGAAGUAUUUAUAGUAAUUUGCCAAAAUAUUUUUAAAAAGCCAUAUCCCACAUGCCUUCUAAGAAUGUCUCUGCCUUAAGUGUUUCGCCAGGAAGCAACUCUCACAGUCAAUUUACACAUGCAUGUUAACUUAAUAAUGGAAAAAUGUUGGCUAAGUGUUCAUUUAACAAGAAACUACUAUUUCCUUUUAGUUUUCUGUUUACCAUUUCCCACAUGGUGGCACAUCUCACCUACAUCUUGCAGUGCAGAUAUGUUAGAGGUCAGGAUAAAAUGUUAUUAAUACAACUAUAUAGAAUGUCCUAUCCAGUUUCAAUCAUGGGUGAAAAAAAUGAAGUGCUAAAAAAUAUUAAUAUACCUGGGUUCCAUGAUAGAGUGCUCGAAAUGCAUUUAGUUAUUUUUUAAAUCUUGUUUAAAAUGAGACUGCAAACAAUGACUUUUUCAGUAAGGCAAUGUGUGGAUGGAUUAAAGGGACACAGUGAUAAGUACAGAACAGUGAUAAAUAUAAUGUAAAAAAUGGGUCAUGAGUAAUGCUAUUUUCGUUUUAAAUAAUGGAACAGUAAAACAAAACUAAAGCAGUUACUCUGCUCUGAAUUUCCUGCAUCUUGCAAAUAUAAAAGUCUCUUGAAUUAAUUCAUAUGUAUUCAAGAUGUUGCAAUAGAUGCUUAAAUCAGAGGCAUCCACAGGGAGGAUAAAAAAAGUCACGAUGGUGGCCAUGAUUAUAUGAUCAAAGUUCUCCCAGCCUUUUUUUUAAUACGCAGUGCAAUUACAUGAAUGCAAACUGUGUUGUAUCCCUCCUCCCACCCUUUCCCAGAGGACACCCCUGCUUAAAAUACAACUUACUGUAGAAGGUCACCCUUGGAUCUUGUUUAGAAUGCUUUCAAAACUCUUUAUUCCAAAUGUUUCAGUCCUUUUUUGCUUUUUAUUGUAUUUUCUGCUCUCUCAAUUUUAACCUAUAACCUUAAGAUCACUGUCGGACUAUUGUCAAACACACAACAGAGAGCUAGUAAAAGUGGAAUCUCUAGAGUGGACCAGACAUCUUCAUUUUUCAAAAACAAUCAGUAUUUAAGGGAAAAGCUAAGCUAAGGGGGUAACAAAUUCCUAUCUCACUUUCUCACCUUUAAGUGACAAAUGUUAUGUUUCUAUAAUAUUUCCAUCAAAAGUGUUUGACAUCCUUUGGUUUACAAAUUCAAAUGGUCCAAAAUCUUUUAUGUCAAAGAUGACAGUAGAUUCUUCUUAGUAGAACAAUCUUCCUAAAUUGUUGAAUUUAUUUGGCUUUAGUUUUACCCUCACUCCUCUAAUUAAAUAUUCAUUUCUUUAGAAAGCAUUUAGUUUCUUUACUUGUUAAUUUUGCUCAGUAUGAUACUACAGAUGACUUGCCUCUUUGAAACUUCUGGGGAUAUUGAGGUAGAGAAUGGGAUGUGUUCCCAGUGUGUUGAGCUACAAUUCCCAUAAACACCAAUCAGCAUGGACCAGACUCAGGGAUUCCAGACAUUAUAGCCCUAAAUAUUGGAAAGCCAUUUAGUUGACAGCACGCAACCAUAUGUUUUACAUGGUUGAUUCCUUUUUUCUGUUAAAAAUAAAUAAUUUAUCAUUAAAUGAUUUGAAUAUCUUUGGUCCUGUAGUAUAGACACAGGGAAUCUCAAGCCAAUGUUAGAAGGCCUAACCUCCUCUCCAAAGACCUUGAUCCUCUCCAACUAUUUCCCUACCCAUUGGCCCAGUCAAAAGGAAAAAAAUUAUUUUUAAGCAGCUCCAGAUUGGAGAUAAUAACUGUUCUCUUCCUUUCAAGUAUCUCCUUUGUGGUCUGUUUUAUAGGUUCCUUGCUAUGUGGGGCCUGGGCAAUAUUUUUGAGAUAGAGUUGCUAUUGAGGAGGUGUUCCAAUCCCUUUUAGAAAAUCAAUAAUUAGCCUACUUUGAAAUAUUGAUAGCAAUGGAGGCUUUUUUGAGGCAUCUCUGCCAUGAGUAAAUGAGGUGUGUUAAAGUGUGUGUGGAGGGGGAAAAAUAAUGGAGGCUGCAUAUUCACAUUGGGAUUUUACCUUGAUGGCCUAUUGAUGGAUAAGAUUUCCAACAUGUUUGUCCAGGAUAAGCUAAGGCCAAAAUAGGUUCUGUAUACAGUAUUAAGUAAAGAAAUGCAUGGAAACUUACUCCAGGUGUAUCUUUAUCCUACACUGACUUGUAGCUGGCAUAGCCAUUACCACCUAUGGAAAUGUGUGUUAUAAACAAUAAAUGAUUGUUCCUGAUAUAGGGGUAUUUUGCAGAUUUCUAAAUUAAUGCUGUACUUUGUCAAAUCUACGUGUGUAUAAUGAAAGGUUGCUGUGAUUAGAGCAGCUUAUUGGGUUUAUCUUUCAAGAAGAGCGCUGCUCAGUUUCUUUUGCACCUGGCCUGCUUUCCUGAAGCCUGUUUGUAUUUUCAUUCUGCCAUGUAAAUUCCACACGUUGAGCACUUCAGUCUCAAGACUGAUGGAAAAUAAGACUAAAUGUUAAGAAAAGGAAAUUACAGCUGGUGUAUUAUGCACCACAAACAGGACUUGCUGCAUUUCCCACUUCUACACACUGCUUAACAGUGAAAGAAUUAAUUCUGCCCACAUUCAGAUAAUAGGCAUGAGACAGUCCUUCUUUCUUUCCUAGUGCCACUUGGAUUCAGCUACAUUUCAUAAUUUAUAUGUUAGGUGAUUAUAACCUUGUAUAUCAUCUCGCAGCACUACAUGAAAGGUCAAUUUUUGUUAUAAUCUAGAUAUUUUCAGAUUAAAGUCUUCUGACUUUGCCCAUUCAAAACUGGAUUAAGGAUAUAGGUUCAGCUGCACUCUUUUUGAAAAUAGCUUCACAUUUUCUUAAUUUAUUUGAUAAUUUAGUAGAAUAUAUAUGAGACUGGAAAAAAUUGUACAGAUUUAUACAGUUGAACUCUUCACUAGCCUAAGUCUUCUUUUUUACUAACAUUGAAUUUUGAUUAUCCUCUGAAAUGUGAUGUUCUAGUUUGGAGAUAAAAAGUAGUAUAGUUAUUACAUUUCUGUUGCAUUAAAUAUUUUGUGUUUAUAUUCCCCAAAGCCUUCUUAACUUUCUUAACAGUUUCUAUUUUCUACGUUCUGAAAAUGUGUUGGGAGUAACAUUUAUGCUGUUAAAUAGCUUUUCAACUUUGUUUUUAUAUCUGACGGCAAAUUUUGAAGCCUGUUAUUAUUUGUGUAAAAUAGUAGUUUAAU